AGAAAAAUCACAUCCGGGCUGUAAAGCUCUCCGUCUGUUUAUAUUUUGAGUAGAAGUUUCGAAUCUUUCUGCAGAUAACGUAAAGUCCCCUCAGAUUGAAAACCAGGAGAAGGUUUGGUUAUUAGAGAAGGACCCAUAAUACAACAAAACUGGCCCCGCCGCUGCCCGUCACCAUGCCCGCCCUGUUGGAGAGACCCAAGCUGUCCAACGCCAUGGCCAGAGCCCUCCACAAGCACAUCAUGCGGGAGAGGGAGCGCAAGAGACAAGAGGAGGAAGAGGUGGACAAAAUGAUGGAGCAGAAGAUGAAAGAAGAGGAAGAGCGGAAGCGGACCAAAGAAAUAGAGGAGAGGAUGUCUUUGGAGGAAACCAAAGAACAGGUAAUGAAGAUGGGGGAAAAACUUCAAGGGCUCCAAGAAGAGAAGCACCAGCUUUUCUUGCAACUCAAGAAGGUACUUCAUGAAGAGGAGAAGAGGCGCAGAAAGGAGCAGAGUUGCAUUUUUGUUCUUUCUAGUGACAUCACAACAUUGACAUCAGCCAGCUACCAGCCCAGCCUGCCCAUGCACGCGGGGCAGCACCUCCUCAGCAUUCAAGGCAAUCCAGUCAGCCACAGUCGAACGGGUGCGCUACUUGGAGAACGUAGUAAACAGCUGUUCCCAACUUCUGUGAUUCCCACACGUCACUAUCAAACCCCCGGGUUCAGCUCGGCCUCAGCGGAGCACGGGCAGUUCAGCGGUAGCCAGGGGGUCCAUGAGGCCUACGGCGUGGCUCAGGCCCAGCAUCCCUCCACUUACGCUGCUGGACCCUCGGUACCUGUCAGUUUCGCAAGCAGUUCUCAGAUCAGAGGCGCGUCUGCAUUUCAGACCAUGCAGUACCUCCCCCACCAGCAGCCUGGCUACCCCGUCCACAGUCCCUUCACCUCCCAGCCCGGCUACAUUCCUGGCGCAGGGAUACCCCUUCAGAAACAGCUGGAACAUGCCAACCAACAGUCCGGCUUCACCGAUGCAGGAGCUUUGAGGCCCAUGCAUCCACCAUCCAUGCACCCCUCCAAUCCGGGACUGCUGCCCACACCAUCGCUGGCAGUCCAGAUUUCUACUGCAAAGGCCCCAUUUCAGACCUCUCCCCAGAGUGCUCCUCGACACAGCUUCCUUCCACACAGCCAGAGCGGCCAGAGGUUCUACCACCACAGCAAGUAGGUCGUCUUCAUCGCCAACCGAGCUUCACUCGCGGGUCCCGCAGGACAUUUUUGGACGAGUGGUCGACUUCUCCCAAGUAAAAGUUGUUUGGCUGGACUAUGACUUUUUUUCCAUUAAAGUUUUAUUUCCUUUUUUCUGGCAUUGUUAUUGAUUAUUGAUUCUUGGUUCUCAUACAUGUUUCUUUUUAAUAAACAUCGUAACUGAUUUUUUACAUGAUUUGAAUUUAAGUUAAUUUUAGAAUUGAGGAUUAUUUUUGCAGACGGUGCUCUUGAGUUAAACUGAACUAAAAACAGAAUCAUCUUCCACCUUUGUCUACAGAUUGUUUUUGUUUUUUUUACCUGCACUGUGCGCUAAAAGGUCAAUAAUUUCUACAAAGCAAACUGCAUCAACCAGAAAAGAUUCUCGGUUUGUUAACAUCCAUAUUUACAAAACCUGCUGAGGGUUCAGCGUCUGCAGGGACUCUCAUUGCUAAAAAGCAGGAAAACAAUAAAAAUGGCGGAAAAUGAUAAACAGUGUGCUGAGAUGCAUAGACUAAACUGUACGAGUCAUUUUCUCGCUGGUUCAUCACAUUGGACCAAUAGAUAAAUGUAUUUUGUUUCUUUUUUUUGCUUGGUUCUCCCUUCUGUUUUUCAAGCUCGUAUGUUGCUAAAUAAAAUGAGCAAAUGCCAAGCCCA